AUGACAGUACGCACCGUCACAGGCGCAAAGCGCUGCUUUGGCGCGUCGGCGCGGCGACGGAACACGCGGACCAGAAACGACUCCCUGCCUUGCCUUUGUCACCAGUUCGUCCCUCGACUCCCUCUAGAGACAGACCUCGGCCAGUGUCCAUCUAAACAAGCGCCGCAGUCCGUUCUCGCGGGGUCCUCCAGCGACGCCGCUUCCGACAAUAUCCAAGGACAUAUAGAACCCCCGGCGAGUAUCCCGCUGACUGGGUGGAGUAGACGCAACACCCGCCCUCUCGUUCGCCAGCGUGCUGGGGGUUUACCAAGUGCCAACGAGCCGCGGGGUAAUCGCACGUGUAUGCGACGGUGCAACCUCACCCGCCACACCGUCUUUCGUUAUCUCUUCACCUCGUCAAACGUCUGUCGCCAAUUGACCGUUGCGAGAUCGUAUGGAACGUGUGUUGAUAAACCUCAUCGCGCAUUGGGGUUCGAGAUCCACUGGUACAGCGACUGUUACAAUCCAUGGGCAGAAAAGUGGCGGGCAGUUCGGCCAGUUCCCCCUCCCCCUUUCACUACCCUGGCUGGCUGGCCCUGA